AUGAACCUCCAUGACCUGUCAGCCCCGGCCAAUCGCAUCGCAGCGCCCGGAAUGACAGCUGAACCGCUGUCCCUGUCAUGGCCCCUCAGUGUAGAAACACACACAACGCACACAAACACACAGAUCCCUAGUUGCAACAUCAACAUCAACAUCAACUCCCGCUGGCCCCUUUGGAUCUAUCUCUCUGUCUCCCUGCUUGCCAAGCGGCUCGACCACACGAGACGCUCAGACGGCCUUGUGACAUGA